AUGCCGACGCCUGCUGCAGCACUGCGGGCAUCGCUAGAGAAGCACAAUGAAACCUUUGAAUCGCUACUGAAGCUGAUUCCGGCCCAAUACUACAUCGUCAACGACGACACAGAAGAGGCCGCUUCAAAGUAUCAGAAACAUAGCAAAAAGCUAAAAGCGCCUAAGCAGGCGAUAAAAGAGGCUUCGAAAAAGGCAAAACGCGAAAAGCUCGAUCCGGCAAACCACAAGUCCAUAAUCGACAUCCAGAACGAGGCUCACGGAAAGAAAUCUGUGAAUGGCAAAGGAAAGGGCAAGCGGAAAGCCUCGGCUGCUCUGUCGGACUCUAAGGACGACGAUGCUUCAAUAGACGUCGAUGUCGAUAUACAGGAUGUCGACGAUGAAGACGACCACGAAGACGACAUGGACGUGGAGACCCUGCUAAAGCCUAUGCCGAUAUCCAGUGGGGUAGAGUCACUACGCGAAAAAUUGCAUGCGAAGAUGGCUCAGCUGCGUCAAAGAGGGAGGGGAGAGGCGGGUGAUAAAGACGACCUGCUGGAGGAACGGAGAAGACAGAGAGCCGCAAUGCGUGAGCGGCGGCGCAAGGAGACGAGGGAGAAGAUUAAGAGAGAAGAAGAGAUGAAAGGGAAGAAGAGCAAAGAUAAAGAGAAGCAGAAUCGGGAUAAAGGGAAUACGACGAAGACACAAUUGCUCGUUCCCGACCAGCCAUCACACAAAGCCGACGGUCCUCAAGCGCGAAUGACGACCGUCGCGUACUCAUCUAUCGCUGGCUCCUCGAAGAAGGGCCAACAAUUCAAAACCACCGCCGACCCACAACAGGCCUUGCAGCAACUAUCCGCGCGGAAAGAGAAACUGGCGGCCAUGCCAGAAGAGAAGCGCAAGGCGAUUGAAGAGAGGGAAAAGUGGGCCAAGGCUGAGGCCCGGCUUGAGGGCGUCAAGGUGCAUGACGACGAGGCCCGGCUGAAGAAGGCUGCAAAGAGGAAGGAGAAGCUUAAGGCGAAGAGCAAGACGACCUGGGAGGAGAAAAAGGAUCAAGUCACGGCAGCCAUGGCUGCCCGACAGAAAAAACGCAACGAUAACAUUGCCAUGCGGAAUGAGCGACGACAGGACAAGAAGAAAGGUGGCUCGAAGAAGGCUCGACCUGGCUUCGAAGGGAAGUCGUUUGGUGGGAAAGGGAAGGGGAAGCCGAGUGGCAAGGGCAAGUAA